CUGUGAUUAAACAUAGUUAAUAUAGACUAUUAACUAUGGAUUAAAUAAAGCACCGAAUGUUGCAAUUAAAAUUUGUGUUGAAAAUACGAUCAAAAUGACACAAAAAUCGGCUGAAAAACCUGUGGUGGCUGCAAAUGAUAGUUUUAAACCGUUCGAGACGACCACUGGGGUUAAAUUCGUCAGCGCUGGGCUAGCAGCUUCUGUAGCAGAAAUUGUGACGAUGCCAAUAGACACCUCGAAAGUCCGACUCCAGGUAUUUAAUAAAUUAUGUUAUAAUAUUUAAUACUAUAACUGUAAGGGUUAAACCUCUUUAUAUUAGGGUUUUAUAGAGGGGUUUUUGAAGCCACUUUCCAGCUUAAAUUCGAGCCUUUAGCAUGAUAUAUUGAGCACGCCUUGCUGAGAUGUUGUUUACAUAUUUUUAUUAUGUAAUUUUUCAUUUCUUUCGGCACGUGUUUUACAGUAAAUAUUUAUAUUUCUGAUCAAUUAUUUUGCGCAGAAUCUAUAUCCAAAACGGUUUGACACGUAAAUCUGUAAUACAAGCGUAUUUUAAUAUCGCUGUGAUAGGAAUGUUAUAAUGCUAUAUUUGAUUGCACAUUUGAACAUUGUUACACUGGUAUAAAUAGGUUACCAUGCCUGGACUUUGGACUAUAUUCAUACACAAAUGCUGUAUAUAUCAGUGGCUGGCACAGCCACAGCCUUAAAAUUUCUUGUAAUUUUACAGCCUAUAAUCAGGGCCGUAGCUAGAUGCGAUAAAGUUGUAUUGUUGAUAAUUGGGGGGUAUAUUUAUAUAUUCAUGUUCACAUACCGUAAAAACAACCGCUUUCAAAAGGAAUCCGUCGGGCAGAACAUGAAUAUAUGAGGGUUUAGAUGGGGGGUCUGAAAAUCAGUAAAUUGUAAAAAUUUUGGUAUUUUAACGGUAACAAUAAGUAACAUUUUGGUAUUUUAACGGUAAAUCUUUGAAAAGUGUUCUGAAACGAUAAACAGUAUUUUUUUCCUUGCGAUUCACGCUAAAUUUUGAGUGUUUUCACAACUGACGGUAACCGAAAUUGAAUGAAUCACGACUCACAAUAUACCCCAUCAACACCCUUGUAUAUGAAUAUGCACCCUCCCCCCAAUUAUCGGUCUAGCUACGGCCCUGGCUAUAAUAAAUCAAGCUUUCUGUGGAAUAGUUCAGAAUAGUUUUCGAAAAGCACUUGAUAUUGGCUCGGCUAAUCAGUGUGAAGUUAGUUGAACAUCUUUGGCUGAUAUUGAAACCUGUACGAAUCUCUUUGCAAACAUGAAAUAUUCAUGUGAGCAAUAUUAGAUAAUUUUUAUCUGCAACUAUAAUGGUAGUAUGUCUAGAUCAAUGCAGAUAAGCGUAAAAUAAAUUCUCACUCUUUUACUAGAUUCAAGGUGAAAGUGCCAUUACUACAGCCGUAACAGACUCCACAGCGCAUGUAAAAAAAUACAGAGGACUGUUUGGCACGUUAAUGACUAUAGCUCGUGAGGAGGGUGUUCGAAGCUUGUACAGUGGACUGGUCCCUGCAAUCCACCGUCAGCUUGCAUUUGCCAGCAUUCGGAUUGGCUUGUACGACCGCGUGAAGGAAAUCUACGGUGAUGAUGGGAGUGGGAAACAUCCAAAAGUAUUGACGAAAAUUGCGGCAAGUAUAACAACCGGCACGCUAGCCGUCUGCCUUUUUCAAUGCACAGACGUUGUGAAAAUCCGUAUGCAAGCGAGCGGGGUGAAGAACGCUCGUUAUACUGGCGCCUUUAAUGCAUAUCGUACUAUAUACAUUCAAGAAGGGGUCAAUGGCUUAUGGAAAGGCUCGUUUGCUAAUAUUGCUCGUUUGAGUUUGGUUAACGUCUCAGAAGUCGUCGUCUAUGAUAUUAUCAAGAGUUUCUUCCUUGCGAGGCAGCUCCUGCAUGAUAAUGUACCGUUGCAUUUGGUCUCGGCUUUUGGAGCAGGGUUUGCAGCAACCGUGAUUGCCUCGCCCGUCGAUGUCGUGAAGACAAGGUUCAUGAACUCCCCGCCUGGACAGUACAAGAGUGCACUACAAUGUGCAGUGGCGACAAUGAAACACAACGGACCAACAGCAUUUUAUAAAGGGUAUAGAAACGCUAAUGUACUCUAGAAGAAAAACAAAUGCACUGUCAAGUUACUAAAAAUAUUUUAGUAACCCCUUCUCUAUUAUGCCUCUACUCUUAUUACCCUCUCUCUAAUAGAUUUGUCUCUCUAAUAUCCAUGUCUCUAAUAAGCACCCCUCCCUUAAUUAAGCUACUCUCCGUUUCAUAAAAAAGUUAUUGAGACCCACUAAUUGGACUUCCUUGCUGUCCUAAUUAACGUUUGUUGUGAUUGAUGAUCGAUCAUGCCAAUUUGUUCCAUAAUUUUGUCAGUACUAUCCAUUAAAAUGAAUAUAACUUGAACGCUACAUCCAACUGGAAAUUUGAAGCCAAACUUGAAGGCUGGAGCCCCGUCAUUUCACACAUGCAAAGAGUGCCCGAUCAGUCGAUCAUGACAUAAACAUGUGUGUCUUGACCUCCAAACACGUGUGUCUGGAGGUCAGAUUUGGCUUCAAGAAAAAGAUGGGCAAUUUAUCUGAAGGUAGCAUUCCAGUUAUAUUAAUUUCAAUUGUAUCAUCUCUCUGCCCCAGUCCCUCUCCUUAUCAAUAUUGUUAAUAGCUUCUGACUUUCUUUGUAGAUUUACACCGAAUUUCAUGCGACUCGGGUCAUGGAACAUUGUCAUGUUUUUGACAUACGAACAAUUAAAAAGAGCAAUCGCAGCAUUGGCGUCAAGUAGUUGAGUCGUGGCUGAACAAGAAGUGAACAAUACUGAAGUGAUGGCGAGCUGUCGUGUAGUUAAAUUGUGUCUAAACUACCUCAGAGAGAUUCAAAACACUAUAUAGCUUUGAUGUUUUGAGUGAAGGAUCUUCAUCAUAUUGUAUAUAAAUUAGGGCUUUACUGUUUUCAAUCUCUUUUUCAGGUAGUUCAGAUGCAAACCAAGGCAGCUUAUUUGCAGGGCUGUAGCUAGACUGAUAAUUGUGGUGCAUAUUCAUAUAUUCAUGCAUGUUCUGGCUUUUGCCUGACAGAUUUCUUGUGAAAGCGAUUGUUUAUUACGGUAUGUGAACAUGAAUAUAUAAAAUUCAAAUUUUCAACACACACACAGUCACACACACAAUUAUCGCGUCUAGCUACAGCCGUGCUUAUUUGGAUGGUGUCUAUUAAUUCAUUAAAUGCACACAUCAAUUAUUGGUGGAUUUGAACAAAAGUUUGUGCCAAAUAGAAAUUUCCUAACUAAAGUCAUUUGCUGGGCUUUAAUUUUCAUUUUUAAAUUACGCUUUCCACCCGUUGUAUCAAUCGCUACCUGCAGAACAGUCGAGAAUGAAUUAAAAUCCCAAUGAAUUUGGAGUGUUGGAAUGUCAGUCUGUCAUAUGGACCUACCAUUGUAUUAAAGUGGCACAAGAGUCUGACUUAGAAAAUAUUAAUAUAAUAAUUGUGAUUUAAUUUUACAAUAGUUAGCAAAUAUUUAUUAUUCUGCAUAUUUUAUCGCAUAACAAUAAGUAACAUCAGGUAGUUGUAUGGGGUAUCAGGGAUUUUAAAGGUUAGGAUUUAGGUCAUGAUUAGGAUUUUUAGUCAUAUGGAUUAGUGUAAGGUUUUGGAUUACGGAAGCACGGAACAAUUUACCCAGGGUCAAUUCUUCGUAUGGGUAAUAAUACCGUAGGGUAGUAGGGUAGUACGUUUAAUAUGCUGGGCAUUAAAUAAAUUUU